AUGGCCGUGCUGUUCUAUUGUGAUGGCACUUUCUCGUCUUCUCCGAAGCUGUUCGACCAAGUGUACACCAUUCAUGCUGAGUUUCAAGAGCAUAUGUUCCCUCUUGUAUUCUGUCUUCUACCAAACAAGGCAGAGUGUACUUGCGUGAGAGCUUUUGAAUACAUCCAAGAGGCUGCACACAACUUAGGUUUUGACUGGACUCCCCGGGUGUUUCAGCUAGACUUUGAGCGCGCUGCCCACAACGCCGUUCAAUCUGUGUUCGCAACUACACAUACUAGAGGCUGCUUCUUUCACUUUACCCAGUGUAUGUGGCGACGCGUACAGAAGGAAGGACUGGCAACAGAAUACCCCAGCGUUGAAGAAGUGAAGAAGGUUGUAAGACGAGCUUCUGCCCUUCCCUUGGUGCCACUAGACAUGGUUGAAGACGUGUGGGCUGAUGCGAUUGCAGACAGGCCUCAAGGCGUCAAGGUGACGCGCUUCAUGGACUAUGUUACCACUACAUGGGUAGAAGGAUCUUGGAGCAAGGACCUGUGGAAUCACUUCGGAAACCAGGGACGCAGAACAAACAACAACCUUGAAGGAUGGCAUCAUCACCUGAACAAGAGCGCCCAGAAGACUCACCCUAACAUCUUCGAGGUAGUGAAUCUUCUGAAACGUGAACAAUCUCUAACAGAAGUGAGGGUUGAGCAGCUAGGCGCUCACCCAAGAGCACCUGCUCGGGAGAGAAAAUACCGAGUGAUUGACUCUAGACUCCGUGCCUUGAAAGAAGAUCUGUUGAACCAAUUGACGACAACAAUGGACUACACUGACGAUGUGGCAGAUCUACUGCACUGGGAAUGA